AUGGCCUCCUCCUCUGCCGCCGCCGUCCUGGUCUGCCUCCUCCUCUCCUCCGCUGCCAUCGCCGUCCUCGCCUUCGACGUCAAGGAGAUCCUCGCCCCCGAGCCUGACUUCUCGUCCUUCACCAAGUACCUCACCGACAGCAAGGUCGCCGACGACAUCAACGGCCGCAAGACAGCCACCGUCCUCGCGCUCGACAACUCCGCCGUCGCGCCCCUCGCCGGGCUCUCCGCAGCGCAGCUCAAGGACGUGCUCACCGUCCACGUCCUGCUCGACUACUAUGACCCCGACACCCUCCAUCGUCUCUUCAAGAACAAGUCCGCCGUCAUCGCCACGCUCUUCCAGAACUCCGGCCACGGCGCCGACGACAACGGCCUGUUGAACUACGUCGAGAAGGCCGACGAGAGCAUGUACUUCGGCUCCGCAGCGGCCGAUGCCUCCCCUGACUCCGAGCUCAUUAAGGUCAUCGGCGCGCGGCCGUAUGACCUGUCGGUCAUCCAGGUCAGCAAGGCCAUCAUCCCGCCGGCGGUCGCCGGUGGAAGCGACGCCUCCACAUCCGCCGGCGGCAACGCCACCUCCUUGGCUCCCAAGGCCGGUGUCGACACUGCCACCUCUGCUUCUAGUGACGCUGCAGCGGCGCCGGGCCCUGCCGGGGAGAAAAAAGCCAGCUCGGCCGAGAGAGUGGUGGUUGUUAGCACCGCACUUGGACUCGAUAUGGCCAUGGCCAUGGCCGUUUUUGGUGCGCUUUAA